GCCCCGUCCGUCCCCUCCCGCGGCAGGCGGGGGAACGAGAAGGGUCUGUUGUUUCCCUCGGUUCCUUCCUGCCCGCCCGACAGCCCCGAUGGAAACCCUCCGCGGCUGAGCAGCCCCCUCCUCCUCCGGGGCCCUCGGCUCAGGCGGCUUUGUCCCGACAGAGGGAAGAGAGAGAGGGAAAGAAGAAAAAGAAAGCCCGCAAACUUCGUCUGAGCACCAGUCUGUGGGCAGGGCCUGGGGCGCACGCCGCAGACUCGGACGCCGGGAGGCCCUGGAGCGCCCCCGCCCCCACGCGCCGCCCGCCCCCGCCCUCCUCCGGCGUCCCCGGUGCCCGGCGUGAGUCCGGAAGUGGCCGCGACCCAGGCUGGACGCCGCGCGAGUAAACCCGUGUCAGCUCCGGGGCUGACAGCCGGGAGGCAGCUGGUGCAGGCGGCGCCCCUCGACGAUGUCCCCUCCUCCCGCGUCGAACCGCCAGAACUGAGUCCUCGCCCACUCCCGGAACCGCAUCCUUCGCUUUAAGGAUCCUUGCAAGGCACGGGGAGCAGAGAGAACGAUGCGGUCCGCUCGUUUCCCCAUUAUAAACAAACUCUCCCUCUUCUCGGGAGCAAGAAUCGCAGGGUUUGAGUUGUUCUAGAGGAAAUCUCAAAGCAUUGCAGCCGUGAGGGUUCGCCUUCAGCUGAGGAGAUUGGGGAAGCCAGGUCUGCCUGGUGUCUUCCAUCCCCGCCCAAGUCCUGGCAAUCCCAUCUGGUCCCAGCAAGCUAGAGGUAGAAUGAGCCGCAGCCUUCUGUUUUCCCACGCCGAGAACAGCUGAAACCGGAGCCAGAGUGGCCUCCGCCCUCCUCACUUCCAGACGUUUCUUGCCCUUUGCUCUGUAACUCAAUGACCUUAUUGGCCAGGUCUCUCUUCUACCUAUCAGAGUCACCUAGCAAAGGUCCCUGAGGUCAAGGGGCCACCUUCAUCCCCCUCAGCCCACUCUAACCUCACCAUGGAACAACCCCAGGCGGAACCUCCAGCACCCAGUAAGGCCGGUAGUGCAGAAACUGUUGAAUCCAGACCAGAAAAUCACAUACAGGACGACCCUCAGGACAGGGGCGGUACAGAGGCUGAUGGGAAAGCCGGAGAACCGGAGCCAGGAGACCAAGCUCUGACACCAGCCCAGGAUGCGGAUGCGGAAAAUCGUGAGUGCCCUCCUCCUGAGGCUAGCGCAAGUCUGUGUGGGACCUCACCUGAGAUACAGACAAGAGAGGCGUGUUCUGAGUCACAGGAGCUUCCCCAGUCCCCCAGGAGCCAGCGGCCUGAUCUGGAUCUCUACUGUGUCAAGUGGAUCCCCUGGAAGGGAGAGCGGACCCCCAUCAUCACCCAGAGCACCAACGGCCCUUGUCCUCUCCUGGCCAUCAUGAACAUCCUCUUUCUUCAGUGGAAGGUGAAGCUGCCCCCUCAGAAGGAAAUGAUCACAUCAGAUGAGCUAUUGACACAUCUUGGCAACUGCCUCCUAUCCAUCAAGCCCCAGGAGAAGUCUGAGGACCUUCAACUUAACUUUCAGCAGAAUGUGGAUGAUGCAAUGACAGUGCUCCCUAAACUGGCCACAGGUCUGGAUGUCAACGUGCGAUUCACAGGCGUCUCUGACUUUGAGUACACACCCGAAUGCAGCAUCUUUGACUUGCUGGGCAUACCUCUGUACCAUGGCUGGCUUGUUGAUCCACAGAGUCCUGAGGCUGUGAGUGCUGUUGGGAAACUGAGUUACAACCAACUGGUAGAGAAAAUCAUCACCUGUAAACACUCAAGUGACCCCAACCUCGUGACAGAAGGCUUGAUUGCGGAGCAGUUCCUGGAGACCACUGCGGCCCAGCUGACCUAUCAUGGCCUGUGUGAGCUUACAGCGACUGCUAAGGAAGAUGAACUCAGUGUCUUUUUUCGAAACAACCACUUUAGCACGAUGACUAAGCACAAGAGUCACUUGUACCUGCUGGUCACUGACCAGGGGUUUCUACAGGAGGAGCAGGUCGUGUGGGAGAGCCUGCAUAAUGUGGAUGGCGACAGUUGCUUCUGUGACUCUGACUUCCACCUAAGUCAUUCCCUAGGCAAACACCAGGGAGCAGAAGGUGGGGGCAGCUCUCCAGAGAAGCAGCUGCAGGUGGAUCAGGACUAUCUUAUUGCCUUGUCCCUGCAGCAGCAGCAGCCACAAGGCAUGCUGGGCCUUAGCGACCUGGAACUCGCCCAGCAGCUUCAGCAAGAGGAGUACCAACAGCAGCAAGCUGUGCAAACGAGGGCCCCUGCGCCCCAGGGGAGAGGAGCCACAUCUGGACGCCCAGCCGGAGAGCGGAGACAGAGGUCGAAGCCUGACUCAGACUGUGUUCUUCUCUAACCCUGCCUCACACAGUGUGGCCCCACCCGGUCUUUCAGAGGCUGACUGGUUUGCUUGCAGGAUCCCCUACCUCACCCCCAGAUCCAUACAGGGUAACUUAUAUGCCCUACCGGGGGUCAGAGCAGGCAACAGACACCAAGGUCAAACUUGGUAUGGUCCUUGCCUUCAGUGUUGCUGUCUUCUCUUCCAGCCAGGGCCACAUGGGGAUGUGGGGCUGGGCGUCUCUGAUUCCCAACUCCCUUUCCUGCAAUAUUCUCAUGAAUAUACAGACCCAGGCUGAUAGGUGAAGUACCCAACUGAAAUGAAUCUCUGUGUCCCUGCCUGCCCGGUUGCCCUCGGCCACCCCAAAGGCCCAUUUCCGUUUGUUUUAGGGUUUGAUUUGGGUUUCUAUCUUUAUUAUUUUUAAUGCCUUCCUAGGGGGUUGGAAAUAAAACUUCUUUCCUGA